AUGGCGCUCGAUGACGCGCGAUUGGGCGCGCUGUUGGCACCGGUGGAGGCGUAUCUCACGGAGUGUGGGUUGACGAAGACGGCGGCGGCGCUGCGGGCGGAGCGGAAGCUUCGGGCGCAUCGAGAAUUGGUCGCGGCGAGCGCGCGGGGCGGAGACGCCGCGGCGGCGGCUGGGGCGGAGGACCUGGUCGUCGCUUGGGAGAAUCACUCGGGGGAGAAACGGAAGCGUGAAGACGAUGAGAAUGAUGCCAGGGGUGGGAAACGCGCGAAGGGCGGUGAUUCGAGCUCGAGCUCGUCGUCGAGCGAUGAUUCGUCGAGCGACGAUUCGUCGGAGAAGAAGGCGGACGUCGAGAUGAAGGAGAAAUCGAGUAGUUCGUCGUCUUCCAGUAGCGGCUCGUCAUCGAGCAGCUCGUCGGAAAAGAAGGCAGCGCCGGCGAAGAGCGACAGUAGCUCGAGCUCGAGCUCGAGCUCUGAAAAGGCGACGAAGGAGACCAAGGAUGACGCGUCGUCCUCGAGCUCGUCGUCCUCGAGCUCGUCUUCAUCUUCCGAAAAGAAGGAAGAAGCAAAGAAGGAUGACUCGUCAAGCAGUAGCUCGAGCUCCUCUUCCAGCUCCUCUUCCUCUUCCGAAAAGAAGGAAGAAGCAAAGAAGGAUGACUCGUCAAGCAGUAGCUCGAGCUCCUCUUCUAGCUCCUCUUCCUCUUCCGAGAAGAAGGAGGAAGCCAAGAAGGAUGACUCUUCGAGCUCGUCUUCAUCGUCCUCGAGCUCUUCCGAGAAGAAGGAAGAGGCAAAGAAGGAUGACUCUUCAUCGUCCUCCUCUUCUUCCAGCUCGUCCUCGAGCUCUUCUGAGAAGAAGCCUGCCCCGUCUUCCUCUUCUUCGUCUUCCUCGAGCUCUUCCGAGAAGAAGCCUGCCUCGUCUUCUUCUUCUUCGUCGUCGUCUUCUUCGAGCUCUUCCGACAAGUCCAAGUCUUCUAGUAGCUCUUCGAGCAGCAGCUCCUCGAGCUCGAGCGACAAGAGUUAA